AUGCCGAGUGAAGACGGGUCUGAUACUGAAGAGCAACAGGGAGCAACUUGGGAGCACCAGUCUUUAGCACAGGUAGAAUAUCAAUAACAAAAACCAUGAUGGGCUACUUUGAAAACUGUCGAGACUGUUUACUAACCCGAGCUUUAAGUCGGUUCCGUUACUAACAAACCGCUUUUUUUGACAGUUCUACAGGCGUCGAAGAAUUCUUAAUUUUAGUAAUCCAAUUACGAUAAAAUCAGUUCACCAAAACGAGCUUAUAACUAGGCUUUGUGAAAUCUCAGUCACGCUGUCCGCAGUCAGUUGUUAUAGCUACAACUAAGAGGUCACGUGACCAAUGCUUCCUUUAACAAAGCGAAAAAAACUGUCAAGAUGUCCACAGCUUCUUAAGAAUUAAAACAAUUAGGUUAAUGCUAUUUAUCAGUUUACCAAAACGAGCUUAUAACUUGGCUUUGUGAAACCUCAGUCACGCCGUCUGCAAUCAGUUGCUAUAGCUACAACUAAGAGGCACAUAAAAAUUCUCUUACACCCGAAAUUUGGGAGGAAAUGCAUUUAAGGGAGUUAUUUUAUGGCACUUUGAUUUUUCAACAAAGUAGGAUGAUUUGUAUUGAUGGCCAGGUCGGAGGGCAUACUCUUGCCCUCCAACAUGGCGACCAAAACUACCUUUUGCUUAUAUCUUGUUAAACAUUUUAUAGUUACUCUCAGAUGUGCUGUAAACGUUACCACACCCUCUUUUCAACAUUUUCCUUGGAGUUUAAGUGCGAAAUUUGUGUUCAGAACGAUGUAAUUCAUAAUUUUAAAAAUCACAUUUUUGUCACGUGACCAGCUACGAACUUACUCAUUUUAAGAAAAUGGUGCUGGUUUGAAAAACCAAAUCACUAUUAUUUUGUUUAAGAUGUGACCCACUAAUUGUUUUACGAUGGCAAAAUCAUAUAACUUUGUUUUUCAUAAAAACGAAGUCACAUGACAUUUUAGUGCAAAUGGCCUAUCAAUACGUCAAUAGUGGAGCAGUAUAUUACUGAAAAUCUCUCAACCAAUAUUGAAAUCGACUUUUUUGAUCUUUAAUUUUGAAAAUGAUUUAUUUUUCAUCAAAUUACGCCUCUGUAGGUAAAGAUAAGAGUUUUAAGAGGACAUAAAGAUGCGGUCAACGGCUGCUCAUUUACCUUCGGUGAUUCCAAGAUAGUUACUGCUUCACAUGACAAGACCUUGCGACUUUGGGUAAGUUAAAGAUUUCUAAAGAAACAAAAGGGUUCAAUUUCUAUUAAAUGUCUGGGCAAAGUGGGUAGCACUAUAUCCACCAGAUAAUGCUAUAUAUCCAGAGUAGANUUUUGAAAAUGAUUUAUUUUUCGUCAAAUUACGCCUCUGUAGGUAAAGAUAAGAGUUUUAAGAGGACAUAAAGAUGCGGUCAACAGCUGCUCAUUUACCUUCGGUGAUUCCAAGAUAGUUACUGCUUCACAUGACAAGACCUUGCGACUUUGGGUAAGUUAAAGAUUUCUAAAGAAACAAAAGGGUUCAAUUUCUAUUAAAUGUCUGGGCAAAGUGGGUAGCACUAUAUCCACCAGAUAAUGCUAUAUAUCCAGAGUAGAGGUAUUUGGAAAAGCAGUUAUAGUUGCGUUAUCCCAUGGUUAGUGAUUUAUCCGGUGUUAAGCCUCAUCCACCUUUUGAAGGGCAAAACUUUGCUCAUGUUAAUGAUCCUGCUGGCUAUGCAGGCUAUUACUUUUUCUUUAUUUCUUCAGUAUAUUUGUUGGUAAUUCAUGGACAUUUGAACUGCAACGUUUUAUUUUGUUUCUUUCAACAAUAUUCUCUUUUCAGGACGCAACUUCUGGAGCACAUCUUAAGGUGUACAAGGGCCACACCUCCUUUGUUACAUGCUGUCAUGCAGAUGCUAACAGUGCAAGGUAUCAGAUAAUGAACAAUAUUAUUAAAUGAGGCUGAGUUAGAUUUGAAGUAUUAUGGAGCUCGAGGAGGGUGUUAACACCCUAUGAGAGCAUCACAUUCAUGUAAAAUAACCCAUGUUUUUAUUAUUUUAUUAUUCUAAUAUUGGCACCAUUUUAAUGAAUUUGGAGAAAUGAGAGUAGGACGUGGGAAUCGAGAAGCCAAUUUCGUUAAAGAAGAAAAACAAACAUAUGUGCAGCCACUUUCUAACGACUUUCUAAAAUGAGAUCUUACUCUCUAUUAACUUCUUCAUCUUGUUAGGAUUGCCUCAGGUGGAUGGGAUAAAAGACUUUUAGUAUGGGACAUUCAAACUGGAACUAUUCUGGUAAGGCUUCAGAUAGCCCUAGUUCUAUGCAAAGCAGUGGCCAAAACAGUUUUUGAAAAUCAAGAAAAAUCUACCUUUCAGUUUGUCAUGGCCCAUUCACUGGGUCUGAGUCAGCAACUGCGGCUGCAGACCCCCUCAUGACCUUCUGCAAACUUGUCAGACUUUGCUUUGAGUAUCAGAGUGGUUUUGAAGUGACCAGCUCCUGUUGAAUUUAAGGUUAAUGUAUAUUUAAGCCAAAAUCAUGGCUGAAAGCAUUAAAAUCACAGCUGGUAUUUUACAAAAUAUUAUUUUGUAGUAGGGAACUGUAAAACUUAUUGAAAGAAAAGACUCAACUAAAGACAGCAACCAAGCACAAAGUUUCUUGGUCUUCCCAAUUUAAUAAAAUAUAGCUGAUAAUCUCAGUGAUAUAAUUUCAUCUCCUUUAUUAAAUUUAGACUAAUGUUAUAAUUCUCUUUGUGGAUUGUCUUUAGUGGGAGGCCCUGAAUGAAGGUAUUGUAACAUCCUGCAACUUUUCGCACGAUGGUCGCUACCUUAUCAACAGCAGUGAUCUGGAUUUUGCUGUCAGUGUAUGGGACGUCAGAGAAGGAGCCCUCAUAAAAAAGCUAUUCAGUAAGUGGUAUACAACUGAGUUGUCCUAAAUGUCUAUAGAGUAAAGACGUGUGAUGUUACAAAAAGUCAGAUUUGUGUAACUAUGGGAUUGGUUGGCGUAAAUUCAGAAAGAACUAGAUGGAAAAAACCCCUAAGUUGUCAAAAUAAUUUUUUAAGACUUAUGAACAGUAAGUUGUGUGUAGAUCACUCAUGAAUCAAACCUUUUUAUUAGGACUUUCAAGUGGUACUGUUUGUCUUCUAGUAUUAAAUUAUUUACAAAAUAAUUUUUAGGAUUUUUUAUUUAGAGGUACAGUCGACUCCCGAUAACUUGAACCUUCAAGGGAAAUCGAAAAAAGUUCGAUUUAGGGAGUUCGAGUUAUCGGGAGCUCGAAGAAAAUAGCCGAGAGUAAGGUAAAAAACAGUUUUCUUCUGCACAGUGAACAUUUUAAUCACAUUUAAUUGUAGAAAUGUCAAGUGAAAAUUAAAAGAUGCUUCUAGAUUAUAAAUCAGAACGUAACGUAACAAAACAUAGCCUAAAUAGAGCAUGCGUCUAACUGUUUUGAGAAGUAAAGCUGCUUCACGUUAGUCUGUGACAAUCAACAUCAGCCUCCAUUAGUAAACUAUACUCCUACAACACGUUAAUAGGAAAUGCAAAAUUUAAUGUUUCGGACGCCAGUAGACGGCUUUUUCCCGACCUUUUAAGGGCUCAAAACAUGGUUCGAGUUAUUGAGGGUAAAAUUGUAUAGAAAAUGACCUGAGGGGAAACGAAAACUGGUUUGAGUUAGCGGGAGUUCGAGUUAUCGAGGGUUCGAGUUACCGAGGGUAAAAUUACAGUAAAUGUAUAUGACGGAAAUCCAGGGGAAAUCGAUUUUGGUUCGAGUUAGCGCGAGGUUCGAGUUAGCGAGGGUUCGAGGUAUCGGGAGUCGACUGUAAUAUGUUUUUUGGUAUACUCAGGAUUGAAAAGGUUAUUUUCAGUCAUCGUCUUAGGACUCAGGCUAGUCAUUAAUCCAUCACAUUUACGAAACUUUUAGUUUUGUUUCUAGAAACUGGAGACAUACAGUGUAGAUUUAAUUCAAAUCAAAUGUUUGUCAUUAUAUUUACUGGUACUUCUCUUUUAACUUAAUAGAUCAUAAAAGUACAGUUACUUGCUGCCGAUUUGCUCCAACACAAACCCGAAUUUGUACAACUUCUAUGGACAGAACAACGAAGAUUACAGACAUGCAAACUUUUACAGAAGAUUAUAAUGUUACUCUCACUUUGGGGUAAGGUUAGGGCAUUUAAUGAUUUUUUUUAUUGCUGUCUUGAAGCAUGGAUCUUGAGUUCAAUUCCCAGGUGUAACCACAAAUCCUUCUUUCAACUUCUUUCCUUUCCCUGUGGCUUUAAGAAGCUUUAAAUACCUGUGAAACAGAGCAUUGAUGGAGAGGGGAAGUGGGGGGGUGGUAAAAUGAGUGCACCGUUGGCCACAGGUUUGUUAGUCAGAUGACUAUUUCAAGUUACCCCCUAAGUUCUUCAUGGUUGUGCAAUCCCAACUGACAUAAAUGAUUAAUUUAUAAGGUCUAAUGCCAAAAUGUAAUGAUUAGACUUGCCUCCAAAGACAAGAAACAUUGUCUGUAUUUGCCCAGGUAGAUUUUCCUUAAACAAGAAAACAGAUGUAUGCUUCACAUAAAAAGUUUAUCAAUGUUUUUUCUUAAAUUAUUAUGAUGCUGAGUCACUUCAAAGCCAACCUAUAGUCUAAAAGUUACUACUCUACCAGGCUAAAUCACUGUUAGAGCUUAGCCAGCUUUUAUCUUGUUUGUUGCACUGUUUUAUCAUACCAUCCAUGGAUGUUAUUUUAUUGGCUGUCGAUCUGCUCGAUGAAUGUUUGUUUGACUGUCUUCAGGGGUCACAUCAAUGUCAUCUCCAGCUGUUGUUUUAGUAAAGACGAGCACUUCUUGGCCACAGGGUCAUGGGACAAGAACAUUCAAAUAUGGGACAUUGCCACUGGUGUCUAUAGGUACAGCAGU